GUGCGGAUUGGAAAAGUGAUGAUGCAGUUCGGCCACCGGUCGCCGGUAUACGAUCGCGCUCUUCGGUCACACGAGCGGCACAACAAGAUCCACAACUACCCACUACACAUCCUGCGAUAUCCGAUCCUCGACGGCAUAUGGGCGAAAGCGGCGUACAUCCAGUAUGUGCUGCUUCGUGAAAUGAGCAAACCGGAAGCGGAUCGACUACAGUGGCUGUUCUGGGUGGAUUCCGAUACCAUCAUCAUGGACCCAUUGAUGCCGAUCGAAGCACUACUUCCGCCGGAUGACCCGGAGUGGGAUGACGUGAAUCUGCUGGUCGCUCAUGACUGGAACGGGUUGAAUGCUGGGGUGUUCCCAGUGCGUGUUUGCGACUGGAGUGUCGAGCUCUUCUCUGCGGUCCUCGCCCUGCGCUUCUACAAACCGGACAUUGACCUUCCUUAUGCGGAGCAGAGCGCCAUUGAUUACCUGAUCCAAGACGAGAGGCUAAGUCCAAAUGUAAUCAAAACGCCCCAA